AUGGACGUUACUAGGCCAUUACCAGAGAAGAUUAAGCUAUGUGAUCCAAAAGGAAAGAAAUGCUGUCAACUUGGCCAUACAUGUAAGGAUCAAAGGAAGCUAAGACAGGAUGAAGUGAGGAAAAAUGUGGAAGGGAAGCAAAAGCAGGAAUGGAGAAAAGUUAGAGCACUUGAUCCUAAGGUUGACAAAACUAAUGCACAAGGGAGAUUUAAUGAACAAUUGGAGGAAGAAGCAACUAUACAAAAUAGUAACUCAGAGGUUGAAACACAAUGGCAAAUAGCUCGAGGAAGACCUGCAACUAAGAAGCACACAGAUAUGAUAAGGGAGAAGGAAGUGGAUAUUGGCAACGCUUUCAAAGCUCUGGUUGAUACUGAUCAAAAAAUUGUUCAACUUUCUGAAGCUCAAGCAUUGAUAGCCAUAAUUGAGCAUAGAGUGAAGCAAAGUAAUGUUGAAUCUGUGUUAAGGAAGGCUCUGAAAAACUGUAAAUGGGUGGAUAACUAUGAUGAGGCUCCUGGGGGUAGAAUAUGGGUUGCAUGGGAUUCUACAUUGGUGGACUAUACAAUGACUAGACAUCAUGAACAAUUUAUUUUGGGAAAAGUAACAAUAUUGCAGCAGAAUGUUCAGUUUCACCUAUGUGCUGUCUAUGGUAAGCAUACAGUGCAAGACAGGAAGAAUCUAUGGAAGGAGAUGCUGAUAUCAGUGGUCAAUUUAAGGAGUCCUUGCCUUAUAAUGGAGGACUUCAAUACAAUUCUAACCAGUGAAGAUAGAUUCAAUGGUAGUCCUGUGCAGAAGAUGGAGACAAGGGAAUUUAAACAAUUUUUAGUGGAUGCUAAAGUAGAUGAAUUGAAGACAGUGGGAAGACAAUACACAUGGACUAAUAACCAUGUAUACAGUAGGAUUGAUAGAAUUCUGAUAAAUGCUAAAUGGAUGGCCUAA